AUGUCCAUUCUCAUCGCAGGUGUAAUACUUCUACUGUCUACGUCUACUUAUACAGCACCUUCUCUACCUUACACAAGUGCUUCGCAAGUUCUUGAAGUUAUUACUAAGAUGAACGAGGCUGAGUGGCAAGAAUUCAUUAAGGCUAUGAAAGAAUACGGACCUGAGCUGACUGACUUGCACCUAUCUCACACAAACAAAAAAGUCGGGAAAAAGCUAUGUAAGAUGGAGAAAAAAUUUGAGAAGCUGGAUCAACCAGCGCGAGACUUCAUCGGCAAAAUCCUUGAUUAUGCCUUAGCGGAACAGAAGAAGCAAGGGGACCCAAGUCAAAAUGUAAAACUUAUCAUGAAAGAGUUCAGCAACUUCCGUACUGAUAAGAAAUCAUGCAAGAAUCUCUUCAACCUGUACCCUGAUCUGCAAAAGCUCGGUAGGUGA